AUGAGAUUCAGUAGCGUUACCGGGUUACCAGAGGAGCUGUGCGGCUUGUUGCGACUGAAACAGUUACUCAUCGUGUCGCAGUCUCUUCGCGAGCUGCCUCUUUUCUUCGAGUGUCUCACCUCCUUGGAGCUUCUCUCCUUUCGCAACUGCCCUAUAAGCCAUCUCCCGAGCGAUUUAGGCCAGCUUCGUAGCAUCAAGAUCCUAAGCCUAUCGUAUCUGCGUCGCCUCAUUGCUCUUCCGGAAUCCAUCUGUCAACUGCCCGCGCUCUCCCACCUUUCUAUCGACCAUUGUCGCCGAUUCGCCAUGCUACCCGAGAAUCUCUUCCAGCUGCCCGCCCUAGAUACGCUGCAUAUAGACGAUCUGCCUGCUCUCAUUUCGCUUCCCAAUUCGUUCGGCCAGUUGCCUGCUGGCCAACCCUUGGGAUCUCCCCCCCUCCGGAGUCUCACCAUCCACGACUGCAAACGCCUAUCCUCGCUGCCGGAAUCUAUCGGCCAGUUUUCCGCUCUCCAGCAGCUUCGCCUGAAGUUUCUUGAUCGACUUACGGCUCUUCCGCAUUCCCUGGGGUUCCUUUUGGCAAUGAAGGAGUUGAGAGUGGUUGAGUGCGCCAAUCUCGUGAACCUCCCCGAGUCUGUAUCCGCCAUGGGAGCACUGACAAGCCUCAUUCUUGACGGCUGCUCUUUUUCGGGCCUGCCCGGAGACAUCGGGCAGCUGCAAAACUUGGUCACUGUGAAGCUGUUUUCUACAAGCCUUUCUCACCUGCCUGACUCGUUCGGGCAGCUAGGGCAGCUGAAAGAGCUGAUUAUUUACGAAUGCUACAACCUAUUCGAGCUCCCUGCCUCGUUCACCAACCUCUCUUCACUAGAAACCCUACUCAUCUAUGGUGGAUCCUCGCUUAUAGACUUGCCUCUGGGUUUCGAGAAUCUGCCGAAGCUCCGUACACUAGAGCUACUAAACUGCGCCAUGCAGUACCUGCCCGAUAGGUUCGGGGAGCUGCCGAGCCUGGAGAUCCUCAAAGUGCAAGGUACCGACACAUACACCAGCGAAGGUCAGGAGAUUGAGCUGGACGGAUUCUGCUCCCUGCGUAGCUUUCCCCCCUCCUUCAGCCUGCUCACGCGCCUGGAGCAGCUGAUAAUCGAUGGGUCCCCCCCAGCCCUCUCCCAAACCCCAGCUAAAGCCGAAGCUGAAGAGGAGGGCACACCUCACACCCCUCUGCCUGAGCUUCCGAGGAUGCCUGGAUCGAUAGUGCAGGCUGGGUUGGGGCGCCUGUCGUCGCUGGUGCACCUUCACAUUGUCAACACCAACCUCCCUGCGCUUCCGGAAAACCUAGGCGAUUUGAGGGAGCUGGCGGUGCUGCUGCUAGAGAAGUGCCAUGCCAUGACAUCGCUCCCCUCCUCCAUGGCCACCCUUCCCAAACUGCAGCAGAUUGAUCUCAAGUCCCUUCCUCUUCUGACUCACCUGCCCGAGAAUCUUGGGCAGCUGAAGGCACUCAACGAGUUGGGUUUGGAUUUAUGCAAAAGCCUGCAGGACCUUCCAUCUUCCUUCACUCUACUCUCCUCCCUCAUACAACUCAGCAUCAGCUACUGUCCCAAAAUCACUUGUCUACCGGAAUCUCUGUCCUCCUUCCCCCGCCUUUCGUCUCUAAAACUCAAUCGUCUUUCCAAGCUACGUUUUCUCCCGUUUCCAUUCUCCCUCCCAUCACUUAUUCAAGUCUCGCUCCAAAAUUGCAAGGCUCUGAGGGACCUACCCAGCGACUUGGGCAGUUUGUCCUGUCUGAGGGAGGUGGAUCUGGAUGGGUGUACUCAGCUGAAGGAGCUGCCACAGUCCCUGGUGGAUAGGAUGAAUGUGAUUACAGUGAAGGGUUCUUGGGGAAAGAGGUGGGCUCGAUUCGAUAAAAAUCUCACUAGCAUAGGAGACAUGACGAGUAGUGGUGACCAAUUCUCUCGGUUGUCUGAUGACCUGCUUGGCUCGAUUCUUGUUCUCGCCGCGUCUGCGACAACCACCAGAUUCGACGGCCACGAUUCUGAAGAUAGUAACGAGGACAUUCUGCGAGACGCGAUCGAGAAAGCAUUGGACGAACCUCUGCCGUCGGAGAGUGCGUGCGUUGACACAACGCGGGAUGCACGUGUGGUUACCGCUUCUUCGCUCGUCUCCUUUCGCCACGCGCUGGUCUGCAAGCGAUGGCUGCGCGUCGCCAGAUCCGUGCAUCCCGCAAUCAUCGUGCCUUACGACCGUUAUUUCUCAUCGCAAACUCUCGGCUCGCUCCUCACCUCAUCCACCUUGGGAUUCCCGAACCUUCGCCAUCUGCACCUCGGCGAAUUCGCGACGGACGUCGUCGAUCACCACCUCGUGCGAUCCGUCUGUGACGGAUGCGGAUCCUCCUUGACGCAUCUCACGAUGCAUCUGUGCGAUCGACGGCUGGCGACGCGCGUGCAGGAAGACGAAAUCAGAAGCGCGGCGCGCAACGGCCGUGCGGCGAUCUCACCGUCCGAUGUCUCCCAGAUCUUCAAUUCCUGCACGCGAUUGGUCAGUUUGGAUCUACGGCUGGCAGACGGCGUUCCCACGCUGCCUCCUUCCAUCAGCCGCCUGCAGCAGCUCACGAGGCUCAGCAUGCGAUCAACCUACAGCGCUUUGGAGCACUUAGAGAUUCAAAGAUCCCCUUUGGCCCACCUGCCCAAGGAUUUCGGGCAGCUGCGAAACCUAAGGAGCCUCACGCUCUCGUUAGUAGAAGGUCUUCGUGAGCUGCCCGAAUCCUUCUGCGAGCUACCAGCCCUCACGCGGUUUUCGCUCCUGUACUGCUAUGACUUUUUGAAGCUGCCCGAAAACUUCCAUCAGCUGUCAAGGUUAGAAGCGGUAGAAAUCUCAACUUCAACCGCUUCGUUUCCUGACUCGUUCGGGCAGGUGCCCGCUCUGCAGGAGUUACGUCUUCAAAACUGGGAUUUCUCGCAGCUCCCAGCCUCCCUUUGCUCAAGUCAAAGCCUCCGUAGCUUAACCCUUAACAAUUGUGGAAGCAUGACGGCCCUGCCCGAAGAUUUCGGCCAAAUCUCCACUCUAGAGUACCUGAAUUUGGAAAUGUUUGGGGAUUUCAAGGUCAUUCCAGACUCUAUCGGCCUUCUGUCUCAACUCAAGGAGCUGAAUGUGAUUGACUGCUGUGAGCUUUCUGCCUUCCCACAGUCCGUCUCCGCUAUGGAGUCACUCACAGCAAUCGUACUUGACGGCUGCGACCUUCACGAGCUGCCCGGAGACAUUGGGCAGCUUUCAAACCUGGUUUCGCUGAAGCUGUCCAGUGACAAGCUCGUUACUCUGCCCGACUCGUUCGGGCAGCUGGGGAAGCUGAAGGAAUUAGUAUUCAUGGAAUGCAACAGCCUACUUGAGCUUCCAAACUCCUUCGCCAGUCUCUCCUCCUUGGAAAUCCUUUUCAUCUACGGUGGGGCUUCUCUAGUUGACCUCCCUCCGGGUUUUGAAACCCUCCCGAAGCUGCGUACUCUCUACCUCUUCAACUGCGUUUUCGCUAGCCUGCCGGACAGGUUCGGGGACCUGCCGAGCCUGGAAGUGCUCAGGGUUGGGACAAAGGCAACGUACAGCAGGAAUAGGCUUGAGACUUGCAGCGAAUCGGAUUACGGACCUGACCUGGAAGGCGCGUGCGCCCUCCACAUGCUUCCCCAGUCCCUGGUUCGCCUCACGGGCCUGGUAGAGCUCGUUUUGGAGGGGUGUGAGAUGCUGGAGGAGUUGCCGCCAGGCAUGGGGGGGAUGGCCAGUCUUAGAGUGCUCCAGUGCCUUCCAGAGUCCCUUGUUUCCCUCGGCCAACUCACCCACUUCAACAUCUACGACCUUCCAUCUCUCCAGCAGCUUAUUGCCCCUUCCCUUGUGAACCAGUCCUCAGCCCUCGCUCAAGCCACCCACGAUGACCUGUCUAAUAAAUCUGAUUCCGAUUCUGAUAUGGUGGCCAGAUUGGAUCUCUUGUCUUCCCUGCAGCAUCUUCACAUCGCCCUCUCUAACCUCUCUGCACUCCCUGAAUCCUUGGCCGAUCUCGUGCAGCUGAGAGUGCUGCUGCUAGAAGAAUGCCCAGCCAUGACCUCCCUUCCCGACUCCCUCACUAGCCUCUCCAAUCUCCGACAGCUGACCCUCAAGUCACUCCCCUUGCUGACCCACCUGCCCGAAGAUAUCGGGCAGCUGAAAGCCCUGCGCCAUCUGAGCCUAGAGUCAUGCCAGGCUCUUAACGCCCUGCCGCCCUCCUUCACCCUCCUUUCCGCCCUCGUGCGUCUCACCAUCGCAGACUGUAAUAAACUCACCUGCCUCUCGGAUUCCAUCUCCUCUCUCUCCAGCCUUGCCUCUCUCUCACUCACACGCCUCCCUUUCCUCCGCCGCCUCCCCUCCCCGCUCUCCCUCCCGCGCCUCAUUAAGCUCUCUCUGCAAGGAUGCAAGCGCAUGAGGGCUCUGCCCUGCGACUUAGGCAGUUUUCCCUGUCUGAGGGAGGUGGAUCUGGACGGGUGUAUACGGUUGAAGGAGCUGCCAGUAUCGCUGGUGGAUAGAGCAAUGCUGUACGCGGUGGGCCUGGGCAAGGGCGCCAUCCCAGCAGCAGCAGCCGUCAACUGGGUCCUAAAAGACGGCCUGGGCUACGCAGCCAAGGUCACGCUCUCUCAGUUCGGCCGCCAUUUUGACGUCUCCCCCAAGCGCUCGCGCCUGCUCUCCGACCUCGUGGAGAAUCUCUCUGCCUCCCUCGAGCUCCUCACAGCCACCUUCCCGCAGUAUUUCGUCCAGCUGGCUGCUGCUGCUGGUGCGGGGUUCUCCGCGUCGAGUCUUGUUCAGAGUGCUACAAGGAACCGGUUUUAUGCUGGGCUGGCAGGCAGAAGAAACUUUGCCGAGGUGCUAGCACGCGCAGAGGCACAGGGCAUGGUCAGUAAGACACUGGGGAUGGCACUAGGCAUUGCAAUCGCUCCCCAUGUGGGCACAAGGGGCCCUUUGCUGUGGGCGACGCACGCCCUGCUGUCCGCCACGCACCUGUUCUGCAACUACCGCUCGUACAAAGCCGUGCAGCUCAGGACGCUGAACCCUUUUAGAGCAGAUAUUGUCCUGGCAGAGUUCGUGACCAAUGGCAGGGUGCCAGGUGUCAUUGAAGUAAACUCCCAAGAGCCCAUUCUGCCGCCCCUCAAAUCGAUAUUUUCGCCCAAGGCCACCCCCCCACCAGCGCCCGGGACAGGGAGUGAGAACUGGAUCGAGUUCGGAGUGCCGUUGGCAGCAGUGGCGCACACAGAGCGGGAGGCCGAGACCAUGGCAGCGAUAUUCCGAGGAGAGAAGUACCUAUUGGGAAGGGACGAGAGAACGGGACAGAUGCAGGUUGUGUUGAAGGAGGGAGCUCUUCCAAGGGACUUCCUCAGAGCGGCCCUGCAAGCCGCCUACCUCCGCACGCUCUCUCCACACGCCCUCUGCCCCACCAUCCACUCCCUCGCCCCCCAAGCGCGCACACACGUCCAAGCUCGCGCAGCCGAGUUUGCCUCCUUUGGGAAGCUGGAGGUGCUGCAUUCUUCGUAUGACCGCAUGGCUGCGGGGUUUGACGGGCUGUGUGAGGUUCUGAGGGCGAGUGGUUGGCGCUGUGACGAUGGCUUGUUGGCGAGGCCGGGAGACUGGCGGCUGCUGCUAACGGUGGAUAAGGGGAAGUGA